AUGGUGUCUAUUUUAAUAGCUGUUUUAUAUUCAGGUGAUCAAGUUUUGGCUAAACUUCUUACCUGCCCCCCCCAAGAAGUUGCAUUCUGGCUCGGCCUUGAAGAAUUCGAUGAAUCGCAGGAAGAACUUUGUUAUCAAACAAAAGGAAGAUACAACAGUAAAAGAACUAGAUCCGGGGAUUUUGUACAAUGUGAAGAUACCCUAAGUUUAAGCGCUUAUGAUGUUAUAGCUUUCGAGAAUAUCUUCAACCCAAAAUUUGAUGGAACUACCCUGGAAAGCUACCAAGAAACGAUGAAUUGUGAGAGUGAGGAUGAAUAUGAUGAAUGCCUGCAAGAUGAAACUGAACAAUAA